AAGCCGGCGGCAUGACGCGCCCCCAGCUGUGUGGGGGGGGCCGCUCCAACCACACCGCGCCCAGCCUGUGGGGCGGCGCCACGCGGGGGGCCGGCAACGGCACGGCGCGCCCCGCGGAAGGGUGCGGCUCGGUCUCGGUGGCGUUCCCCUUGAGCAUGAUGCUGACGGGCACGGUGGGCAAUGCCCUGGCCAUGCUGCUGGUGUACCGCGCCUGCCAGAAGACGGAGAACACGCGGAAGAAGUCCUUCCUGCUGUGCAUCGGCUCCCUGGCGCUGACCGACCUCACCGGCCAGCUGCUCACCAGCCCCGUGGUCAUCGCCGUGUAUCAGGCCAACAGGAACUGGCAGGAGUUGGACCCCUCGGGCAACCUGUGCGCUUUCUUCGGGUUCUGCAUGACCGUCUUCGGCCUCUGCCCCCUCUUCAUCGCCAGUGCCAUGGCCGUGGAAAGGACCCUGGCCAUCAGAGCGCCUCACUGGUACGCCAGCCACAUGCGGACCCGGGUGACCAAGACUGUCUUGCUCUGCAUCUGGCUGGCAGCGUUCGUCUUUGCCCUCCUGCCCAUAGCUGGCUUAGGGCAGUACUCCCUGCAGUGGCCGGGCACCUGGUGUUUCAUCCAGGCCGGGGACAACCCCGUUGCGGGCAACACCUUCUUCGCUUCAGCCUUUGCCUUUCUGGGACUUUGCUCUCUGAUCGUCACCAUGGCGUGUAACUUGGCCACGAUCAAAGCUUUAGUGGCUCGGUGCAGGACCAAACCCUCAGCAUCUCAGUCCAGCAGGCAGUGGGGGAGAAUCACCAUGGAAACACUGGUCCAGCUGUUGGGGAUCAUGUGUGUUCUCUUUGCUUGUUGGUCACCGCUGUUGAUUAUGAUGUUGAAAAUGAUCUUCAGUCACACAUCGGUUGAACACUGCAAGCCAUCUGACAACACAGUUCAAAGCAUAGAACUGCAGAAAGAAUGUAAUUUCUUCUUGACGGCUGUCCGCUUGGCCUCACUAAACCAGAUCUUGGACCCCUGGGUUUAUCUGCUAUUAAGAAAAAUUCUCCUCCGAAAGUUUUGUCAGGUAGCAAAUGCUAUCUCCAGUUGUUCUAAUAAUGGAUGGACAGGGCGACCUAGUACGUUAACAGAUGAAAUCAGACAGACAGCAGCGUGAAAGAAUAUUGAUACACCUUGCAUGCAAACUACUUUUGACAAGUAGUCUUAAGCAUCCAAUGAAGUGAGCUGUAGCUCACGAAAGCUUAUGCUCUAAUAAAUUUGUUAGUCUCUAAGGUGCCACAAGUACUCCUUUUCUUUAAGCCUUACUGUGAAUUUGGGCAUCUGUGGCAUACCGGUCUCUGCAUAACUAACUACAGCAUAGUAGUACUUUUGAAUGGACUUAGAAUGCCAGAUAAUUAUGUAUCCGGUGUGCCAACAAUACAUAAAUAUAAACAAAGGAAUAUGGUCUAUUAUUAACAGUUACCUAAAAUUCUGGUCGCUUUUUGAUCCACAGCUAAAACCAUUCAAGCUAAAGAAUAUGACUUUUUUUCCGCUGUAUACAUCAUGUUUUCUGGGGAUUUUUCUUUCUUUGAAGGAGAAGAAUCAAUAAUUUUUAUGUCAGGUAACAUUUGAGGCACAGAUUCAACAGCUUAAGUUAUUGAAAAGACUCAUUCCUGUACUUAAUUUUGACUCUAAGAUUAUCGGCUAGAUCCAGAUAUCAUUCCUACCUCCUUUUCUGGGGAAAAUGCAAGAGACUUGAGGGGGAAAAUAAUAGGAGUCCUUCCCUGUCUUUAGAUUUCAGUGAUUUGUUAGAAGAAUUGCCAAUGCCUUUGUGUAGAAUAAUAGUGUUCUCUUUCAAGUGCGGAAAGGCAGCAAGAGUCUUAUGUGCUACAUGGGUUUAACAUGGUAGUUACUGAUUUUUAGUGAAUGCAAGAAUAAACUCACCUGCUGCAAAGGAGAGGGGGCUUUGGGGAACAGCAGAAAUGUACAAUCUGCUUUAAAAAAAAAAAGAUAAACUUAGCACUUUUUUUUUUUUUUUUUUUUUACAAGUAAUACCUGUGGAACACCCAGCAAGCACCCAUCACUAUGGUGAUGUAGUCUACCUUAACUAUUCACAGUAGAUACCCCUUUCACAUAGCAAAAAACUCACCCAACACCUUCAAAGAGCAGUUUUAUUUGUGAAGGUCAUGAUUCUGGGAACAGAAAGACCUUUCAGCUACCCUCUGGUGGUGGGCACACCACAUACACAGCACCACUUAUUUACUUAAGCUCCCAAAGGGUGGGUCACUCACAAUAUGAAAUGUCAGCCAAGAAACAAUAGCUUUUUCCUAAAAUACAGCUUUCAGAAACAUGACAACCUUGGAAUUUUUUUCUUUUUUUAAAUCAAGCCCCAUUGUCAGAUUUCAACUGGAGGAUCUCAUUAGUCAGAUCUUUCCUGGAAUAAUUUUCAGGUUGGAUUAUAAGGACUCACGUUUCUGCUGAAUUGUCUGACCAUCUUUUACUAACUCCCCUUUUUUCCUCCAGUUUUUCAUGGUCCCAUAACCUCUAACCUGUCCCAUUUAAUGGCCUCCUUGCUGGAUUAGAUCUCUAUGAAAUUGUUUGCAAGAAUAUACAUGCCAAAUUCUGGUCUGUUACACAUAAAUGCAAGCUUGCUGAGAUUAGUGGAGAUACAUUUUCUUAUACCAUGUCUAAAUUCAGCCAUGGAAUUUCUAUUGGAGUUAAAGGAGGUUUGUACAUGGGAUUGGUACAAUAACUGCAUUCAUAUGUUAGAGUAUGAAAAACCAUUGGGCAGAUAAGGCCUUUAAAAUGUCAUAAUUGUACUUAACAGCACUGUAUAAUCUACUGGAAAAAUUAGAUUCAAAUUAAAUUAAAAUCAAAUUCAAAUAUAUUUUUUGGUAUCACACUAGUCUGUGGUUUGGUAAUGGGCAAUAUUAGGAAUGUGCUACUAUAAAUAUUCUUGUAGGUAAGGAUAACAUUCAUGACAACUAAUCUUCCCGUGUCUGUAGGUACACAUUGAAAUAGCAUGAAAUAUGAAAAUCUGAGGUGGCAGCCAGAAAGCAUUUGGCUAAUCACUUUUCAUGUCCUUGUGUCUAAUCUUCACCAUCAUGACAGACAAGAAAGAAAACUAACUGGAGUUAGACUGGCAGUUACUAUUGUAUAUCAAAGCCUCAGAGGUGAUUACUUUUAGUGUGACAUCAGGACUCCGACAUCUCAACGAUAAUUCAAGAAAUAGUGUAAAUUACACUCAGGUACUUUGACAUUUUGUAAUCCACUGGUUUUACUUUAAAUCUACUUGCCUUCUUGUUCAGUUUCACAGUGACACAAAAUAAACAUGCUUAUUCAGCCCAUAUCUGACUGAAUAAGGAAGAAAUCAAGGACUGCAUCCAAAGCCCAUUGAAGCCAAUGGCCUUUGGAUCAAUCACUAAGGGUAGGUCUACACUGCAAAAAAAAGAGAUAUGCUAUUAACUCGGGUUAAACUAGCAGUCAACACAAGGCAACUCAUCUUUUAGCUCCGGUUAGCAGGUCAAGUGAAGGCCUAUAGGGGAGCUGGGGGACUGCUCAACCUGCUGGGCUAUUGGGUAUAAUGUGGGCACCACCACCUUUUCUUCCACCUUCCUCAAAAAAAAAAAAAUUUUUUUUUUUUUUUUUGUGCAAGAAAGGGCUGAGCUGACUUGGGUGCCUAACUCCAGGAGAGGAGUUCAUGGCUUGAGCCCUGUGUGGAGGAAGGCAUCUCUCUCUGGCCAGUGCUUAAAUCCCUUUGAAGGGUGGGACUUAGGCCGCACCCCUGUCCUCAGCAUUUCCUAUUGGCUUGUUUAUGCAACUCCCUGCUAAUCAGGGUACUGGCUUCUGAGAAUCCCUUUUAGGCACCUUACUCUCUCCCUGCAUUGUGCUUAACGUGGGUUUGUGAAUUCCACUAGGCGGCGGGGCACCAAAAAGUUAGGUGUGGUAACACUCAGCAUUACAAUGCCUAUGGCCUCCUUAUGAAUCUAAUGCUAAGGGUCUGAUCCUCCUCUUAUUGAGAUCAAUGGGAAAUUUGCCAUUAGCUUGGAAACAGGACAUUGAGACUCCUAAAAGUAAUGUUUCUUCUACAUAGUGUAGUGGUAGGAGAGAGGAUAAUGACUUUAUGAUAAUAAAGCAAGAUGUAAACCCAAUUUAAGCAGCAUAUUGCUUGCGUCAAUGGAAAACAAACCAGUCAGCCUGCAAGGACACCAGAGAGAAAUAAUCACAACAAAUAGAUUCCCACUUUGAAUGUAAAAGGUAGGAGAGCAGCAGUCUGUAAAUAAGAUUUUGAUUAGCCUACGUUCAUGGUAAUCAGUCUUAAUAGUUUGGCUCUAGUUUGCCACCUUGUGAAGUCACCUUUUACAGUCUUCUGCUGUUUUUGUUUUGUAAUUUUUGCCCUGAAUUAAUGUGCCUGUUUUAAACUUAUUUUUUAGUUAAGUGUAGACUUGGUUAUUGGUAGAGUUGUUUCUUUGUGUUCAUCUUGUACUUCAAAGAGUUACAUUAGAGCUGGGCCAAACAGGUUUAGACAGGUUCUAGUUCCUUUGAGGUUUAGGUACCUGACCAGGAGGUUAAUUCAAACUACUUUACACACUUAUAACUUCCCUUGAAAUGAAUGGUAAUAACAAUUGGGGCUAGUGAAAAAAGGGAAAUGCCUUGCUAACAUUUAAAAAGGCUUUCAGCUAUUAAAAUAUCAUUUAGAAAAACUCCUGUAUAGUUCCUAAAUCCUCAUCACAUACACCUGUAGAAAGUGCAACUCCAUCAAAUGUUUUGUGGCCUUCUGUGGCUCACUGUGAUUUUCUUGUUUUCAUUCAUAGUCUCUUAGGAACAGCUGUUCACCAACUCAUGUAUCUCUAAAGCUAGAUAGCUACUCGGAAAAAUAAAACAACUCCUGAAUAUGUAACAGAUGUACAAAACCCAUCCAAUGAGACUAAUUAACCCAAGAUCUAUGAUGUUCUCCAGUAACAGGGCAGAGGACACAUCUAACAGCAGUCUAAGUGAGGAAGGCAGCAUGUUGUGACAUCGAAAGCAUUUUUUUUUCCAGUUAGCAAGUCUCCCUUCUGGUUUGCAUGCUUUUUGUCUGGGUAUUUCUGUCUUAGCCCAUUUCUGUGAUGUCCCUCUUGCGAAAGUUAUGUGUUAUAUUCAUAUUAAUGUGCCUAUCAUUAAAAAGAAGGCUGAUUCAGGAAUAGUUAUAUAAAUAGAUCAUUUAUAAAUGAAAGCUGCUCUUAGGACACUACUUAGACUAAUGUGAUCCAAUCAGAGCACUAUCUUAAUAAUUUAGUGUCAUACCUAAGACGGACACACCUUUUAAAAGCAGAUCCAUUAUUCUUCAAGGCAUAUUAGGAUAGUUAGUUAUGCACAUCCAUACAAUAUGUCUAAGAAGACAUAGAGCUUAAUUCUGCUUGGACAGGCACAGCUCAGUAGGUUUGCACUGGUGCAAAAAGGAGCGGAAUUUGGCUGAUAUUCUGAAAAUCUGAAACAUACCCUUCAGCUACAGUAGGUUUACACUAGUGUAACUGAGAUCAGAAUUUUGCAUUCAGUGCCUUCUAGGUAAUGGAACAGAAUACAAUAAACUAGAAAUACAAUGUCCUGGCCAACAUUUUCAAUCUGAAAAAAACAAGGUCUACUGUCUAACAAGGAGAUAACGUUGAGUAAAAUGACCACGUGCCUACACAGCAUCUGUCCUACUAGUGUCGAGCUCAUUAAUGGUAAGUGCUUUGGGAAAUACUGAGUGAGAAAGAUGCUGUAUAAAACCAAAUUAUCCCUUACUCUCUUUGAAAAAGUGCCAUGUGCCAUUUCGUGCCAAAAGAAUGGUAUGUUAAAAGCCUGUUUUUCUGUUCAAGAGCUUAGCCUCAUUCAGUUUAUGCACAUUAGCCGUUUUUCAGAAAUCUGUCCCUUGUACAAUGAAUCAGAGUGACCUCAAUUAUUUGAGUGAAUUGUGCUCUGCUGGACUUUUCUGUCAAUAGCUGAACAGCAGCAUGGUACAAUAGGAUUCAAUUUUCUCUAGUGUAGUGUAGCAAGGGUACAAAAAGUCUAUGAAAUUGAGUAAUUUUUGUCCUAAUAUCACCACUUCUGCUGAAGGGGCCACUGGGAAAACAUUAGUUUUUCAUAUAGACUAACAAUGAGCUAUGCAAUGGCAAUAUAAGAACUGCUGAAAUGUAAAGAUAGUUUAAACUAAUUGUUGAAGGGAACCAGAUAUCCAGAUAUGGGCAUUAUAAUGCUCAGAAUAAUCUCAUCUGUCUUGAACUCCUGUUAUUAAAACAGUUACUUUAUUUUUUUUUAAUGUAGAGAAAAGGGGAUCAUAUCUGUCUUUGGGUGCAGAAAUAUGAAGAAGACCAUUUUAUAAAACAAGAAAAUGGGAUAGAUUAUUUGCAUCUUAUUUGUUUAUAGCAAAAUAAUUUAAGCACUAUUUGCAGGCAUGGCGAUGUGACAUGGCUGGCAACUGAAGCACUUUCUUAAAUGAAUUCAAAGAUCUUUAUCAGAAAUGUAAGGAUUUGUUUUGUUUUCACAUUUAUCUGGUUCUGAGGGGAAAAAAAGAUAUUUUUGCUAUACCUUUUUGCAGAUGCCUUCCAUAUUAUUCUAAAUAUAUGUAAAUUUCACUACAGUAGUAUUUCAAAGAUCUAUUUUGAUAAAAUGAUGUACUUCUGUCAGAGACAUUGUAGAAACUGUGGUGUUCGGUAGAAUUCUUUUGCUAUAAUUUUGUUGGCAUUCAAUACACAGGCUGUUGGUGUAUUGAAUGUGUGUGUGUUGUAUUUGUCAAUGCAAAAUAAACAUUUAAAAGUUCAGCAGAA